CAGAUUUUUAUUUUAUUUUUUCCUUUGGGUCUUUGAUUCUGAGUUAGGGUUUCCUACUCCUGCUAAGAUUUGUUGUCUAUGGCGGCUUCCAGUGGCGUUUCGACAACCCUUGUAGGGACGGGGCCUUUCCUUCGAAGCAGCUCUUCCACCAGGUCAUUCUCCUUUCUGAGGAGUUCCAGUGCCUUUUAUUGCAUUGGCACGAGAGGACCUUGGCGGAAGCUGGCUCUCCAGAUGAGCCCUCGUUCUGAUGCCUUGGUGGAUCUCAUGGAGAAGCAAUCCGUGGGAGCUAGUGCCUCGGUGCUCGAGCAGUUCAAGAUCUCCGCCAAUCGUAGAAGAAGGAAUUGGAUUGAGAAGGAUCUCCAUGAGAUUAUCUUCUACUUUAUCUUUUUCAUGUUUUUGUAUGAGAUUGGAAUUUGGAUACUAUGACAUGUUUGUUGUAACUUUGUUGUAGUGUUUGGUUUAGGGUGUUAGUUGUAGUUGUAUAUUGUUGUAAUUUGUAUUGUUGGAUGAUGAUGUUUGUUGUAUUG